AUGCCGGGCGCCCCCUCGGCCAAGCGCGGCGCGGUCCCCGUGCUGAGCUGGGCGGGGAUCAAGGCCUCGGCGCCCAGGGUCCAGCAGCGACGCUCCCCGCUGCACGGCUGGGGCGUGUACGCCCUGGAGGACAUAGAGCCCGAGCGCUUCAUCAUGGAGUAUGUGGGGGAGCUGAUUGGCAACCGCAUGGCAGACCUGCGAGAGACGCUGUACGACCAGGACGGCACUGGGACCAUGUACCUGUUCAGGCUGGAUGCCACCCAGGUGGUCGAUGCCACGCGUGUGGGAGGGCAGGCGCGGUACAUCAACCACAGCUGCGACCCCAACUGCUACACCAAGGUGCAGAUGGGGCCGGAUGGCCGCAAGCACAUCACCAUCGUGGCGAAGACGCACAUCCCUCGUGGCAGUGAGCUGUGCUACGACUACCUGAUGGAGUUGGAGCCGGAGGGGGAGGCCAUGCCAUGCCACUGUGGGGCCAAGAACUGCCGGGGGCGCAUGAAUUGA